AUGGAGCCGAUGUGGAACUCCUCCCACCCACCUCCACAGCUCAUGCCCAACAUGUCUGCGUCCUCUCUGCCCGAAAGCUGGGCUCUGUCCCAGACACUAGCCCUGCUGGCCAUGCUGCUCAUGGACCUGCUGGCUGUGGUGGCUAAUGCGGCGGUGAUGGCAGUCAUUGCCAAGGCCCCACAACUCCAUAAAUUUGCCUUUGUCUUCCACCUGUGCUUGGUGGACCUGCUGGCGGCCUUGGUGCUGAUGCCCCUCGGCAUGCUCUCAAGCCGGGCCUUCUUUGGGGAGGCCCUGUGCCGGAGCUACCUUUUCCUCAGUGUGUGCCUGGUCAGUGCUGCCAUCCUCUCCAUCUCUGUCAUUAAUGUGGAGCGGUAUUACUACAUCAUACACCCGAUGCGCUAUGAAGUGAAGAUGACUGUGGGACUGGUGGCUUCAGUGCUGGUGGGGAUAUGGGUCAAAGCCUUGGCCAUGUCUGCUCUGCCGCUGCUGGCCUGGCUCCUGCAGGGAGGAAGAACUCCCCUUCUGGAGGGUAGUGGGGUCGGGGGAGGAGGAGGUGGGGCUGUCCCCUCACCCCCUGCUCAGGGUCACAGGCGCUGCUCGUUGCACUGGACAGGAGGAGGGUCAAACCGUGUGGCCUUCAUGGUCCUCUUUACACUGGUGUAUUUCCUGUGUCCGCUACUGGUCAUAAUUGUUGUGUACUGCAAUAUGUUUAAAGUUGCUCGGGUAGCAGCAAUGCACCAUGGGCCCCUGCCUACCUGGAUGGAAACCCCACGUCGCCAGCGGUCAGAAUCACUCAGCAGCCGCUCCACCAUGGUGACCAGCUCGGGAACAGGCACUGGAACGGGCCGAACGACUCCGCAGCGCCCCUUUGGGGGAGGAAAAGCCGCAGCAGUGUUGGCAGCAGUAGGUGGGCAGUUCCUUUGCUGCUGGCUGCCGUAUUUUUCCUUCCACCUGUACUCAGCACUGGCCGCCAGCCCUCCAGCCACACUGGCCCCUCUGGAGGAGGUGGUUACCUGGAUUGGCUACUUUUGCUUCACCUCUAAUCCCUUCUUUUAUGGCUGUCUUAACAGACAGAUCCGCGAGGAGUUGGGCAAGCAUUUGCCUUGCCUGUUUCGUCGAGCAGGGGGUGAGGAGGAGGACAGACUGCCCAGCCGUGAAGGAUCUAUAGAGGAGAAUUUCCUUCAGUUUCUUCAGGGCACUGGCUGUAACUUGGAUGCACAAAACUCCCACAGCAUCUCUAGUCCUAAGGGGGAAGCUUGCUGCCCCGCGGUUCAGCCCCAGCCACCUGAGCCGGCACAGCCCAUACCCAUUGAUUUCCGAAUCCCUGGACAAAUCGCAGAGGAGACUUCAGAAUUUAUUGAGACUGAACAGGUGAAAAACAACCAUAUAAUUACAGACAAUUAA